CAUCAGGAAGAGGAGGAGGAAGAAGUAGUUGAUGACGAAUACGAGAUGACCGUGAGAAUCCCUCGAAGCAGCGGAAGGAAGAAAGGCGUGUCACCAGGACAACCAACGAAACAUGACUCAAAAAUAUGCGGACGAAAGAAUGUGAGAAAUAUGGAGAAGUUUCCUCCUGAUUUCCCAAUGGGAGACGUUCAGCCGGGACUCUGUCUAGACAACAGUGUAUUUAACGUGUUGAAGGAGCACUCGAUGAGAGAAGAGAAACAGAGUCAACGUCACCAUGAGAAGAAGGAGCACUCGACUCAAGAGCACGUACUGGAUCCAAAGACAAGACUGAUGCUUUUCAAAAUGGUGGACAGCGGCAAACUGGGUGAAGUAAACGGGUGUCUCAGUACAGGGAAAGAGGCAGCUGUGUAUCACGCUGAAGGAGGAGGAGAGUUGGAGGAUGGUACACCAGUGCCUGAUGAAUGUGCUAUCAAGAUAUUCAAGACGACACUCAAUGAGUUCUUUAGACGUGACAAAUACAUCAAGGAAGACUAUCGGUUCAAGAACAGGUUUGGGAAGCAGAACCCAAGGAAGAUUGUGAGACUGUGGGCCGAGAAGGAAAUGCAUAAUUUGAAAAGAUUACAUUCCCAUGGUAUACAUUGUCCUAAGGUCGUACUAUUAAAGAAACACGUGCUAGUGAUGAGUUUCAUUGGGAAGGACCAGAUACCUGCCCCUAAACUCAAGGACUCACAACUCACUCAAGAUCAACUCAAAAGCGCCUACCAUCAAUGCGUACAGACGAUGGAGAAAAUGUAUAACGAUUGUCAUCUUGUCCACGCUGACCUCAAUGAGUUCAACAUGCUUUGGUUUGAAGGACGUAUCUACAUCAUUGACGUGAGCCAAUCCGUAGAACCCUCUCACCCUCACGGACUAGAGUUCUUACUCAGGGACUGUAAGAAUGUCUCUACUUAUUUCUCUAAGAAAGGGCUGGCCGAGACUCUCUCGCAUCAAGACUUGUUUAAUAAGAUAACUGGGCUAGGGAUUAGCGCUGUGGAUGAUCAGGAGUUUCUAACACAAAUACGUGCUUACACACAAAGGCAACAGCUGCUUGAUGUCAUUUAUGACAAGAAGGAGCCCUAUCCUUUCGACUUCUUCUUUGAAGAGACGAUGAGCAGCAGACAAGACGACAGCGGAUCCAUUGGAGUCGACGUGAAAAGAGGAAAGAAGGACUUGAACGAAUCGAAGAGCUCAGAGUCAAACGAAGAGGAAGUGUUAUCAGAAAAGGAAGAGGAGACUGAUAGUGAUAGUACUGAUGAAGACUGAGUCUUUCAACAUUACACACAACAAACAUAAAUCAAAUAAAGCUACAGAUAUAUAUCUAUAUUAUAUUUUAUCUUUUAUUAUUACAUUACGCUAUUGUAUGCAAGUUUAGCAAGUCAUUUGUACUUUUCAUUUAAUUUUAUUGUAAAAUUUCCUCCAUUUUACUAUUAGUAUAAUGUGAGUUUAAAUGCA